CAAAAAAACAAAAAACUCACUAUUCCUGUGUUUGCGUCUUUUCCCCACUUAAGUUUCCUCACUGAGUUGUAGAAAUUCCUGGCUGAUCUCUAUCCAGGUCAGUUUGAGCUUCUGAAAUAAAUCAGGCGAUGUUUCUCCUUAUUUGGCCUGCAGCUCUCGGCAUUCAGCCGCUGCAGUUCAUCCUGCUAAUGAAACUGGAGCUGCAGGAUGCCACCGACACGCUGGAUGUCUUCCUGUGGAGACACGCUGAGUCAUUCUUUGGUGUGUCUGCAGAGGAUGCUUCAGCCAAUCAGGAAGCUCAGAACAGCAUCUGCCAAAUCAUGGACUCUCUCUGUCCACCAGGUGGCAACGUGGGUAUGUCUGUCAAACCCAUACACAGUACAUGA